AUGCCCAACGAGGAUUCCUACAAGCCCUCGACGUCGUCCGACGGGCACCCUGGGCCCGGGGGCAAGGUCGGGGGCUUCGGGAAAGGAGCAGGUGCCAUGCUAGGAGUGGCCGGGGGCAGCGGCGGCGGGGCCGGGGGCGGCGGAGGCGGCUCGGGCUCCGGCUCGGGCCCCGGCGGCUUAGGGCCGUCGGGGGCAGCGGGGAAGAAGUCCCCGCGCCUGCCCAAGUGCGCUCGCUGCCGGAACCACGGCUACGCGUCCCCCCUGAAGGGGCACAAGCGCUUCUGCAUGUGGCGGGACUGCCAGUGCAAGAAGUGCAACCUGAUCGCCGAGAGGCAGCGGGUCAUGGCGGCCCAGGUGGCACUGAGAAGACAGCAAGCACAGGAGGAGGAGCUCGGGAUCAGCCAUCCUAUUCCACUGCCCAGUGCUGCAGAGCUGCUUGUUAAGAGAGAAAACAGCGGGAGCAGCUCCUGCCUGAUGUCCGAGAGCACCAGUCCCACCCAGGCUCCAAGCACUCCAACUACAUCUUCAGGUAAAUCUCUUGGAGCUCCUGAGGGCCGGAUGGUCAUUCAAGACAUCCCUUCGGUCACCAGCAGAGGGCACCUGGAGAACACAUCUGACCUGGUCUCAGAUUCAACUUAUUACGGCAGUUUUUACCAGCCCUCUCUGUUUCCGUACUACAACAAUCUCUACAAUUACCCCCAGUAUUCAAUGGCCUUGGCCGCUGAUUCCUCGUCUGGGGAAAUGGGGAGCACACUUGGGGGAUCCCCAGUGAAAAACAGCCUUCGGAGUCUACCAGCAAGUUAUGUGUCUGGCCAAUCAGGAAACCAGUGGCAGAUGAAGAACACCGAGAAUCGUCAUGCUAUGGGUUCCCAGUACAGGAUGCAUUCUUAUUAUCCUGCUACCUCCUACCUGAGCCAGAGUGUGUCGCAGAUCUUUGCUUUUGAUGAUGGUCCUUCUUAUUCUGAAGCAAAAGCAAGCGUGUUUUCACCACCGAGCAGUCAAGAUUCUGGCUUAGUUUCCCUGUCCAGCAGCUCACCUAUUAGUAAUGAAAGCACAAAAGGUGUUCUGGAGUGUGAGUCUGCAUCAGAGCCUGGCACCUUCACAGUUAAUGCUGUCAUAGAAGAUGAUGAAUAA